AUGUCAACGCCGAACGACAAGCUCACGCUGGACAUCAGCAAGAGGGAAGGAACCAUCAACCUCGGAGCUGGUCCAUCCUCUCUCCCCACGUCUGUCCUGCUAGAAGCCGCACAGGGCAUCCUGGACUUCUCAGGCACAGGCAUGGGCCUGACCGAGCUGUCGCAUCGAUCGGGCACAUUCAAAAAGGUCAUCGAGUCAGCCGAAGAGGAUCUGAGAAAGUUGUUGGACAUUCCACAAAGCUACGCCGUGCUCUUUAUGCAAGGUGGAGGAACUGAACAAUUCAGCGGGACGGCGUUGAAUCUGUUGGCUAGUCACGCCAUCGCUCAUCCAGACUACGUCAAGCAACACAAUGGGCGGGGGCCUGCGCUGGACUAUGCCGUUAGCGGAAGCUGGACCGCCAAAGCUCUCAAAGAGUCCAAGAGGCUCGGCUGCAACGCCAAGGCCGUCUUCGACUCUCGCAAGCUGGAAGGUUCAGACGGAAAGUUUGGCAUCAUUCCCCCCACGUCGACGUGGCAGCUGAGCGGAGUGGACGGUUUAGGCAAGGUUGCGAGCAAAGACGAAUUGCCAGCCAUGCUGUAUUACUGCGACAACGAAACAGUGGAUGGGGUGGAGUACACUCCUGCUUUCCCAAUCGAUCAAUUACCCAAGGAAUACGCUCAGAACGUACCCAUCGUGGCCGAUUGCAGUUCCAACAUUCUCUCUCGCAAAAUCGACAUUGCAGCUCAUUCCAUUGUCUUUUUUGGAGCUCAAAAGAAUGUCGGGCCGGCAGGCGUGACCAUCGUCAUCGUCAGGAAAGAUCUGAUCGCUCGGGAUCCCGAUGAAGGAGUUUCGAAUGGAGGUCCAAGGAUCCCGACUACGCUGGCAUACAAGCAUCAUGCAGACGCGAACAGUCUCUACAAUACGCCCCCGAUGUUUGCCAUCUACGCAUCAGGUCUCGUGUUUGCCGAUCUGCUCAAGAAUAAGGGCGGAGUCGUUGGAGCAUCUCAACGCGCGGACAUGAAGAGCAGAGCAGUGUACGACAUCAUCUCGAAAAGUCAGGGUGUUUUCGCUGCGACGGUCAAGGAUCCAGCCAGCAGGAGCAGGAUGAACAUCUGUUUCAGGAUAUUGGCACGUGACGGAAAGACGGCAGACGAUGAGCUGGAGGAGAGGUUCAUUAAGCGAUGCAGAGAAAAGGGCAUCGAGCAGGUCAAAGGUCACCGUUCCGUCGGAGGGAUCAGAACCAGUCUUUACAACGCCGUCUCCCCCGAGCAGACUCUUGUUUUGGUUGAUGUCAUGAAAGCCUUUGCGAAAGAAGUCCAAGACGAAAGGCGGGCCUAA